AUGGCACCCCGGGCGACAGUACGAGAUCCCGAGCCCGCCGCCGCUGCUCGGAAACGCGGGGCCGAACGAGCGCGCGGAGCGGGGCGGGGUCGACGCGGCGGCACAUGGCGCCCCCGUGCGGCGGGGAUCCGUGGCUGCAGCCGCGGCUCCCCCGGCACUCGCGGGGCGAAGAGACCGCGUGAGGGAGGAGCGGCUGCGGGCACCGCCCUGACACUGGCAGCGCGCCCCGGCUUCUCCCCCGCAGGCAUCGUCCCGUCGCCGGCAGCGCGCCUCGGCUCCUCAGCAGCCCCGGGGAGCCGUGCGGUCUUGGCUUUUACCACCAUAGAGAAGAGACAAUGGAAGAAAACGUGUCAGGAAAUUGUGAAUAAACCUCCUGCUGCCAUUCUAUUAGGCAUGCAAAAUCUGCUAUUCAAAGCUGAACUUGUGGAGGCCACUACCCUCUCCAGACCCUGCAAGGCCACACUCAAGAGAGAGCAAUGUGACAGUGCAACACUGCCACCACCCAAACAGGAGAUUCAUGAUAAGAUCUACACAAGAGUUAAAAUUAGUAAGAAUAAGUCAGUCCUCACUUUAAAGACCAAGGACUGCCAAACAUGGAAGAUAUCUCCUGAUCCUCUGGAAGAAGUUGAAGUCAGCAUGGAGAUGCACAGCCUCCAAGCAAAAUUCAGCUUGAAAGCUGGCAAACUCUCUGGUGAUACAGUGUUCUCCUAUGAGGAUCAAUGCAGUUGAGCACACCUAAAGAUACAAUUGCCCACAAAACACACAAUCCAUGUAGUUCGUCUGUGUUCAUUUCAUGAGAACAGCGUGUACAACAAACACUUGCCAUUACAGCAACCAGCAGACCAGAUUCUGUAUUCAGCAUUUUAGUAUAGCAGCACAAGAAUAACAUGUGAACUAUGACUGUGUUUUUGAAAUUGUCUGGUCUGCUGUGACAUUUCUUCCCUGUAGAGGCUCGGGGACCUGUGAAACUGAUAGCUACUCUUGGAAAAUUCCAGGGAAUAAAACUGGGAGCAUGAGAUUUUUGUGUACGAAGUACAGAGCCGGUCAGUAUAAGUGCCUUUGGUGAGCUGAAUUUUGCUGGCAUCCUACUUCUGAAACUUGUCACUAUCAUGAAAGGGGCCUACCCCCAGUCUCUGUCAGAGUUUGGAACGACCCUUCCACUGCUCUAAACUCCAUAGGAACACUCUGUGUGUACUUCUGCCAUUAAAACAGUCAAAUGUGAAGAUGACACUACUUCUCUUGAGACCAAGAAAAAUAUUUUACGUCAGUGGAAUAUUAUUGAUUUCCAUGAUACAACAGUUUGGCCAAUAAUCACAUCGAAUUUUAUUGACUUUGAGGAUGCACAAUUUUGAGAAAAGCAUCUUUAAAUUAUAAGAGCUCCCAAGAAGUAAAUAAAAAUGUUCUUUGACACAUAAGCAUUUAGGAUAUAGUCACUGAAGUGUCCUGUCACCCAUACCCUUGAACUCAGCUGGCAUUUGUCAACAUAGGGAUCAUCUGAGAGAAUCACCAUUGCCUGAUUUCCCAUUUCAUUUUAACAAGGCGAUCUGCAGGAACAGAUGUAUUUCUUGCCUAAUGCCCUCAGUCAGCUGCUUUUACCACUGAGGUAAAAGUUAUGCAGGAAGGAAAACACAGAGCAGAUGAGGGUGUUUACAAGGGAGUUACACUGUGUGCAGAAGCACCACUGUUUCUGGGAAUCAGUGUAGACAGGAAAGGAUAAAAGCAUCUCUUAAUUAAUUAAGGCAUCAGUAAGUUCAAUCAUAUAGGAGUUUUUCAGGCUGUGAUUGGAAAAAAAGGGUUUUUCCAAUUUUUCCGUAGUUAUUGCUAAUAAGCAAUAUAGAAAUACAUUUUUUCACUUAAAAAUAUUUUCUAUAACACUAGGUUUUACUAAAUAUGUGAGAAGCACUAAGAAUAUGUAACCAUAGAAUUUAGACUGGGAUUUGAAUAGUUCAAAUUCCAAAAUACAGCCCACUUACGUACUGUAAAGACAAGACAUGGAAACUUAGGUACAUUUACAGCAGUUUAGAUUUGUAUUUUUUUUUAUGAAAGAAAAUGUGUUCAGAUUACACAAAAACUCCAAAAUUUCACUGGACACAGAAGAAUAAUCUUGACAAAUAUAAUUGGCACAUAAAUUAUUAUAUGUUCUCAGAUGAACUAAAAAUAAAAAAGAAUUUUUCCAGUUACCUAACCUAAAAUAGAUGGAUUCUUUCUGAGAUUUUCAUUUGUAGCAUAGAGGGAUGAACUCCAGCUCUGAAGAGGACAUAAGUUUAAAGAUUUCCCACUUGGAGAGGACUGGGUUCCACAGAUUUUGUCCAAAGUGCACAAUUAAUUUGACUGUCAGCCAGUGCAGAAAAUCAGACAGUACUGGUUUGUAGAGACAGUUUGUAGAGACAUAAUUAGCUGAAAAGCAAACCUCAGCUCAUAAUGCUAUUGAUUAAAUUGAGAUCAAAACAGAGUGAUCUGAAAGUUGGCCAUAUUGAUCUACCAUUGUUAGUCCUGAGGCUGGUCCAGAGAUUAACCUUUAUGCAAAACCAUUGGCAAGCUUUGUGCUCAUGUAGGUAAAGGCAUCAAAUAAUGAAAGGGUAAAAAAUAGCUCUGCAGCUGCAAUGGGAUUUUCAGGAGAAAGUGUUGAAACAGAAAAUGGCAAAGGGCCUGCUUAGAUCUCUGUAGUUCCUUAACCCUUGCUAAAGAGGCU